AUGCGCCUCUGGUGUCUUCUUGCUUCUUUCUGUCUGGUGAAUUUCCCAUUUCAACUCAUUUUCAAAUUAUCUGUAGGUGGUCGGAGCGAAAAAGUCUGCCAAGAGAAAAUGUCAAAUCGGCCAGAAUGAUGUGAGUUUGAAAUUUUUUGGAAUCUCAAUUUUACCAAGACCUUUUUUAGAUCGAGUGUCAACAACUUCAAGACGUUUUAAUUGGUAAGUUGAAUUAAAUUUGAGUGAAAUUCUUAGAAAAGAUUGUGAAAAGGGAAAAGCUUUUCUUGAGAUUUCCACGAACCACUUUUCUCUGGGUCUCACUUUUAGCUUCGUGCGUAGUAAAAUUUUACGACCUUUGUUCUUCAAAAAACGUUUGUGAAACAUUUUUUUUUUUUGCAGCUCAACCUUCAAUUUUCGAAAGGUCUGAAAGAGCCGCGGAAAGGACACUAGAUGAGAUUAUUAAUGAAGAGCGUCCAGAAAAUCACAGACGUCGUAAUGGCAACCAUGACAAGAAGAAGACUCAUCCCAAACAGAAAAAAGAUCAAAAGGACCGCGAGGGUAGCUCUACGCGUUCUUUAGCGGUCCUCGACAAUUUGCUUUCUGAAAACGAGAAGAAGCAGCCCGAUGUUUUCGCAAGCAGCGUUUACAGCUCCAAUCACAAGACUCAUCAAAUCAACAAAAAGAUGAUCCAGGCCAUCGUGAAGCAAUUACUUCAAGAUACCUCCUUCUUGAACUUGUUGAACAACCCCAGCCGCGAAGACCUUCGCAAAAUCAUCGAGAAGCAAAUGACUCCUCCUAUCCAGCCAUCGCUCAAAAAAGAAAUUCUGCACGAGCUCUAUGAUGUCAUCGACUACUACGAUCGUGAAUUCCAGUUUCUGCAUGACGACGAAGCCAAACACGAGGUUCUCGAGUUCUUGCACGAACUCAAGUUGAAAGAAAAAACAAGCCUUCUGACUCCAACAGAAAUAAACCGACUGAAACAACUCUGGAAAAAACUGGUGAUUCUGCAGUCUGAUGAAAGCGUCCGUUCGCUGACCCUCCAGCUUAUGGAUCAGAUUGGACUUAGCUCAGAAGAGCUCGAAGAGUUGAAAUCUGAAACUUCAUUGAAGUCAAGGCCGACUUCGAGAUGGCCAGUGAAAUCCACUACACAGCCGACCACAACUGCGACUAGAAAACCGACCACAACUUCUCCUAGAGUACCCAUGAGGACCGUUUUUCUCAAACACAGUGAUAACGAAGUGGUAAAUUUGCGUAUCUAUUUUUUUGUUAUUCGAGACAUUUUUUCAGGAAUCCACUACCGAGAAAAUAAUCCUCGAACAAAAGAAGUCUCAUGAAGACCAGGAUAAGGAGAAAGUCGACCUCAGCGUUGAGACCGAAGAAGGAGAAUAUGAAGAAGAAGAUCAAUAA